GGCACCCACCAUGCCCACUGGGCCCCCAGCUCCAGCUCUGCCAGAAUGCAGCGCCUGCUGCACUCUCUCGUGGUGUCCCUCCUCCUGGCAUCCGUGUGUGGGAACCUCGGCCCUCAGGGUCAGCUUGAUAGCAGAGGGGGAGACCCCGAGUCUGCGGACCCCCAGUGGGGGCAGCUGAAGAGUGGAAACCUGAGCAGACCCCUCCUGCCUGCCGACUUCCACAAGGAGAACACAGUCACCAACGAGUGGAUCGUGGACGGGGAAGAGGACGAGGACUACCUGGACCUGGAGAAGAUCUUCGGGGAGGAUGACGACUACAUCGACGUCGUGGACGCGGUCUCGCCCGUGGACCCUGGGACUGGUGCCGGCAGCGUGCUCCAGCUCUUCCCGGGCAAGAGCCGCAUCCAGCGGCUCAACCUCCUCAACGCCAAGUUCGCCUUAGACCUCUACCGGGCGCUGAAGGAGCGGGUCGGUGUCUCGGACAAUGUCUUCCUGGCGCCCAUAGGUGUGUCCGCAGCCAUGGCCAUGCUCUCCCUGGGCCUGCGGGGGGACACCCACGAGCAGGUACACGCUGCCCUGCGCUUCACCGACUUCGUCAACGCCAGCACCACAUACGAGCUGGGCACCGUCCACAACCUGUUCCGGAAGCUGACCCACCGCCUCUUCCGGAGGAAUUUCGGGUACACGCUGCGGUCUGUCAGCGACCUGUACAUUCAGAAGCAAGUUCCAGUCCUGGACGACUUCAGAGCCAAGGUCCGACAGUACUACUUUGCCGAGGUCCGGGUGGCUGACUUCUCUGAUCCCGCCUUCAUCUCCCAAACCAACCAGCACAUCUCGCGUCUCACCAAGGGUCUCAUAAGAGACGUGCUAGAGGACGUGGACCCCGCGACUCAGAUGAUGCUCCUGAACUGCAUCUACUUUAAAGGGUCCUGGGUGAACAAAUUCCCAGCAGAAAUGACACACAACCACAACUUCCGGCUGAAUGAGCGAGAGGUGGUCAAGGUCCCCAUGAUGCAGACCAAGGGGGCCUUCCUGGCGGCAAGCGACCAGGAGCUGGACUGCGAUGUCCUGCGGCUGGAGUACAUGGGGGGCAUCAGCAUGCUGGUGGUGGUCCCGCACAAGCUGUCCGGGAUGAAGACCCUCGAGGCCCAGCUGAAGCCCCAGGUGGUGGAGAGAUGGCAGAAGAGCAUGACAAACAGAACACGGGAAGUACUCCUGCCCAAGUUCAAGCUAGAAAAGGACUACAACCUGGUGGAGGCCUUGCGGUCCCUGGGGGUCACAGCGCUGUUCGACAGGAACAGCAAUAUGACAGGGAUCUCGGACCAGAGGAUUGUCAUCGACCUGUUCAAGCACCAAGGCACCAUCAUGGUGGACGAGGAGGGUACGCAGGCCGCGGCCGUGACCACUGUGGGGUUCAUGCCAUUGUCCACCCAGGUCCGCUUCAGCGUCGACCGGCCCUUCCUUUUCCUUGUGUAUGAGCACCGCACGGGCUGCCUGCUCUUCCUGGGCCGGGUUGCCAACCCCACCAGGUCUUAG